UAGUCUUCGAAUGGCUUGCACUUGGCUUGCACACUGAGUUGAUGCAGUCUUGAUGCAGUCUCCGGUGAAGGUCAUUCAGACGCUGACACAGUAAAUACAUCCGGAUGAUUGACCAUAUGUCCAAUCAUUCUCGAUGGCGUGCUCCAAAUCACCGAGAGCCAUAAAUAUAGGAUCCGCUGCUGACAGCUCAUACUAGACUCCCUGAACCCCUAAUUUCAUUCCUUCAAAUAUAUUGUUAAGUCCUCAGCAUCAUGCCUGGGACAGCAGAAAUCAAGAAAACGUUCUUGUCUUCUCCAAAGUAUGCCGUUGUAGGCGCAUCGAAGAAUCAAACCAAGUUUGGGACCAAAGUUCUAAAGUGGUAUCUGGUACGAAACAAAGAUGUGACUCCUAUCCAUCCAAAAGAAGAAGAGCUUGAGGGUGUUUGCCCCCUUCGAACCCUCGCCGACCUUCCGUCGCCAACGCAAACCUCAGUCAGCAUUAUCACACCAGCCAAGAUUACCCUUGGUAUCUUGGAGCAGGCAAAGGCUCUCGGUGUCCCUGCUCUCUGGCUCCAACCUGGAGCAGAGGAUGCCGAGGUCAUCAAAUUCAUCGAUGAAAAUGAUCUUUCUGACAAAGUAAUCUAUGGUGGGCCUUGUAUCUUGGUUGAAGGCGACGGUAUCAUCAAGAGUCUACUUUAGGUAGACUAUGUGUAGACAGCGUGUAUUGUAUAAAUAUAGAGGAAAUAGGAUGAUAACCGUAGCCUCUGGCAACUUACAAAGGUUGAUUUUACAGAAAUAGAACAUCAAAUCAACA